GAGCCUUGAAAGAGACCUUUGGGUCCCUGAUCCGGAUCGUCCAAAGAGAAGAAAGGAACCUUGGCGCCCGUGCCCCUCAGCCCAGCCCCGCAGAGAUGCCUCCCCAGCUCUCAGACGGCCUCAGCUACUCAGCCAGAGUCGUCCAGGGCACCCUGGACAGCCUGCCCCAGGCCGUGAGAGAGUUCGUGGAAAGCAACGCCAAGCUGUGCUGGCCCGACCAGAUCCACAUCUGCGACGGCUCCGAGGAUGAGAACCAGCAGCUGCUGGGCCACAUGGAGGAGGAGGGUGUGAUCAAGAGGCUGAGGAAGUAUGACAACUGCUGGUUGGCUCUCACUGACCCCAGGGAUGUGGCCAGAAUUGAAAGCAAGACGGUCAUCAUUACUCGACAGCAAAGAGACACGGUGCCCAUCCCCCACACCGGCCUCAGCCAGCUGGGCCGCUGGAUGUCUGAGGAGGAUUUUGAGAAAGCGUUCAACGCCCGAUUUCCAGGGUGCAUGAAAGGUCGCACCAUGUACGUCAUCCCGUUCAGCAUGGGGCCCCUGGGCUCGCCUCUGUCCAAGAUCGGCAUUGAGCUGACAGACUCGCCCUACGUGGUGACCAGCAUGCGCAUCAUGACGCGGAUGGGCACGCCCGUCCUGGAAGCGCUGGGGGACGGGGAGUUUGUCAAGUGCCUCCAUUCCGUGGGGUGCCCUUUGCCUUUAAAGAAGCCUUUGGUUAACAACUGGGCCUGCAACCCGGAGAUGACACUCAUCGCCCACCUGCCCGACCGCAGAGAAAUCAUCUCCUUCGGGAGCGGGUACGGCGGGAACUCGCUCCUUGGGAAGAAGUGCUUUGCUCUCAGGAUGGCCAGCCGGCUGGCCAAGGAGGAGGGGUGGCUGGCAGAGCACAUGCUGAUUCUGGGCAUAACCAACCCCAAGGGCCAGAAGAAGUACUUCGCGGCUGCCUUUCCCAGCGCCUGCGGGAAGACCAACCUGGCCAUGAUGAACCCCACCCUCCCAGGGUGGAAAGUAGAGUGUGUGGGGGAUGACAUCGCCUGGAUGAAAUUUGACCAACAAGGUAACUUGCGGGCCAUCAACCCAGAGAACGGGUUUUUUGGUGUCGCUCCUGGAACCUCUGUGAAGACAAACCCCAAUGCCAUCAAGACCAUCCAGAAGAAUACCAUCUUCACCAACGUGGCCGAGACCAGCGAUGGGGGCGUUUACUGGGAAGGCAUUGACCAGCCACUGGCCUCGGGCAUCAAGCUCAUUUCCUGGAAGGGCAAGGAGUGGGACCCCAAGGAUGGGGAGCCUUGCGCCCACCCCAACUCGCGGUUCUGCACCCCUGCCAGCCAGUGCCCCAUCAUUGACCCUGACUGGGAGUCUCCGGACGGCGUGCCCAUCGAGGCCAUCAUCUUCGGAGGGCGCCGACCUGUUGGCGUCCCUCUGGUCUAUGAGGCUCUCAGCUGGCAGCAUGGUGUGUUUGUGGGUGCGGCCAUGAGAUCGGAGGCCACGGCAGCGGCAGAACACAAGGGCAAAGUCAUCAUGCACGACCCCUUCGCCAUGCGGCCCUUCUUUGGCUACAACUUCGGCCAGUACCUGGCGCACUGGCUCGGCAUGGCCCAGCGCCCCGGGGCCAAGCUGCCGAAGAUCUUCCACGUCAACUGGUUCCGGAAGGACAAGGCCGGCAGGUUCCUCUGGCCGGGCUUCGGCGAGAACUCCAGGGUGCUGGAGUGGAUGUUCACCCGCGUCGGUGGGGAAGGGGGCGCCCAGCUCACGCCCAUCGGCUACAUCCCCGACAAGGACGCCCUGGACCUCCGGGGCCUGGGGGACGUCAACGUGAAGGAGCUCUUCCACAUCUCCAAGGAGUUCUGGGAGGAGGAGGUGGAAGACAUCCAGAAGUACCUGGAGGAGCAGGUGAACGCCGACCUCCCCCACGAGAUCGAGAGCGAGAUCCUGGCCCUGAAGCAAAGAAUCAGCCAAAUGUAAUC